GCUGGCACCUGGCAGCCGGGACGGACGUGCUCAGUUUGGCUUUUACGAGGUGGCUGCCUGGUCAGAUGUAAAGGAAUUUCAGGGUCCUUCCCCCUGGGGGAUGUUGUUCAGGUUAUUGGUAGAAAUGUUUGUAACGGUCCUUCAUGGAGAAAACGAAAAGACCCUUUUUAACAUUCACUGCAAAGUCCAGCUUCUCCUGGAGAGCAUCAAACACUGCUGUGGCUAUGAGAAUGAAGGUGAAAUCGAGCUGGCAGACGUGAGUGGCCAGGUGAAGAAUUUGCUUCAGAACCAACAUUGCUAUGCCUCAGAACUUCUGAGCGAGAGAGAGACCUGUGUACUCCUCAGUGUCACACGUGGUGAAGGUUCUUCAGAGGUAGUAUUUACACCACUACUGAAAGAUGAAGGAAUUAUUAACCCUAAAUUCCUUGCUAAACUGGGGAACUGGGAAGAUUCCAAGGUCUCUUCUACCAGAGUGAAAUCCAAAAAGGCUGGCAAAAAACCAACUGUGCUCUUAGAGGUUCCAUCUGCAGAAGGCAAAAGGAGUCCAUCGCCCCAGGGCAACAGGACUAAAACUAUGGUUUCCUCUCCGAAAGAAUCCAGGAGACCCUGAUAGUGGCAAAUCCCAAGGGAUGGUUGGUGCUGAGCUGUUGGAGGACCUCUCCUUUCCUGCUGCCAUUUGAUAAUGUUUCAUGUUUGCUGGCUAGUUCCUUGGUGAAGCAUCUAUGGAUGGGUUGUGUCCAGGAGUCUGCAACACUAGGAAUGUUACUUGCAUGUAUUGCCUUUCAUUCUGAAUGACCCCAGAUUUACUGUGGAAAAACACUUCCAUUCUCUGCUGGCCAAUUUGAAAGGAAAUGAGAACUGCUUCCUUCGUGAUGGCUCACAGAAAAAUGAAAGCUGCAUCUCCAGAGGGAGUACCAUGAAAUAAUGAUCUCAGUAUGGGCAUAGAAAGGGGAGACCUCCUGAGCUGUGAUCCCUUUAUUGAGCCCUGCUACACUGGACCACUGAUUUACUGUUAAUUCAGCAGAAAAGGUGCAUGUGGUGCUUGACAGACCCAUUUAAAGUCACAGCUCCAAACCCCAAGGAAUUUACAGUCCAGCUAAAACUCUUUUUAGCUGGUAACUAAUCUCACUGAGCUACUGCUUCAGCGGGAUUAUUCACAUGGUUACGUACCUUGCUGAACAGAGAUUGUAAUGGUUAAUUCACUACAUUGAAACAUCACUUUAUGUGAAACAUACUAGAGUGCUAGCAUGGAAAUUGGCUGACCUUCCUUUUGUAAGGCCUGAGUCAUGUAUCUUUGGUCCUUGGCUCCUCCUGUGGAUGAUUCAGAUGGAAGGGCUCAGAACAUUAGCCUCGCCUGGUGCCCUUCUUGGCACUGCUGCAAAAGCGAAAACUCUAGGAGGAUUAUAGCUACCUGAUCAGGUGAGUUUAUGCAGGCAAAAUAUUCACUCAAGCCUGAGUAAGGACCACAUGUUCAGGCCCUAUAAGAUGACUAGA